UUUUCAUUUCACCAGUUCACCUACCCAAUCAUUUCUCUUUAUAAGCUUUUCGUAAUUAUAAUCUUCCUUCGAAUCACAACAACAACAAAAAAUUUGAAUUUUCCGAUUCAUCAAUCUUUCUUCUAAUUUCCGAUAUUCAUUAUGAUUGCUGCCGGAGCUAAAUCGAUGCUAGGUCUUUCAAUUGCAUCUCCCAAAGGAAUUUCCGACAGCAGUUCGAGAUCUGUCGGUGUUCUUCGUGCUUGUGUUUCCAUGGAAGGAUCUCAAACGAUGAGCCAUAACAAAAACGGAUCUAUUCCUGAGCUUAAAGCUGUUAAUGGCCACACAGGACAAAAACAAGGACCGUUGUCUACGGUCGGAAACUCGACGAACAUAAAGUGGCAUGAGUGUCCUGUCGAGAAAGUUGAUAGACAGAGGUUGCUUGACCAGAAAGGAUGUGUGAUUUGGGUCACUGGUCUUAGUGGUUCAGGGAAGAGCACUUUGGCUUGUGCUUUGAACCAGAAGCUGUACCAAAAGGGAAAGCUUUGUUAUGUUCUUGACGGUGAUAACGUUAGGCAUGGUUUAAACCGUGAUCUCAGCUUUAAAGCGGAAGAUCGUGCCGAGAACAUUCGUAGAGUCGGAGAGGUUGCUAAGCUUUUCGCUGACGCUGGGAUCAUCUGCAUUGCAAGUUUAAUUUCUCCUUACAGAGUCGACAGGGACAUUUGUCGGACUUUGCUUCCUGAAGGAGACUUUGUUGAGGUGUACAUGGAUGUAUCGCUCGAGGUUUGUGAGGCUAGGGAUCCAAAGGGUCUCUACAAGCUUGCUCGUGCAGGAAAGAUCAAAGGUUUCACCGGGAUUGAUGAUCCUUAUGAGCCACCAUUGAAUUGCGAGAUUUCUCUAGGUCAAGAAGGAACAGGAACUUCACCGAUCGAAAUGGCGGAAACAGUUGUUGCAUACUUAGAACACAAGGGUUACCUUAAUGCAUAAAAAAAUACUUUAGAUUAAGGGUUACCUUUUCAACCGCACACAUUUGUUGUUAUGCCAAUGGUUUUAGCUUCUGUUUAACAAGCCAAGAGUACAAAAUCAAGCAAAUUCAUGGCUGUUUUUAUGGAAUCACAAAGUUUAAUAAAAUAAAUAUAAUCACUUGUCUGUUUUGUAUUUUAAAUGUCAAGGUUAUGGCUCUGUACUAUUAUGAGGGAAGAGCUAAUCCUACUCAACUUUUA